CCAUCAGCUUGCUCUCUUGCUUCUCAACUUCUAAUCUAACCGCCAACCAACUGUAAUCAACUGUCGAUCUCCCAAUCCCGGCUAAAGUAAGCGGAGUGCGCACUCAGCAAUAGCAAUCCCACCAGAACCGCCCAAAAUCCCACUGCUUAAAAUUAAAACGAAACCCACAUGCGCAUCAUAGAGCUUGUCAGUCUGUUGGAUUAUAUUCUCACUUGGUAUCUCCCUCUUCCCUCCAUCCUCUACCCUCUGCAUUCAACUUAGAACCCCCGAGAAACCCUCGACAAACCUUCUCUUCAAGAAAACCAUGUCUCUUUCACUAAACCCCACCUCUUUCUCCUUCUUCCUUUUCUCCCUCUACUUUCUCUCUCUCCCCGUCGGAACCUCCUCGCUUCCGGUCGUUGGCAUCACCUACACCCACGACCCCCGCCACGACCACGACCACACCCCACCAAGCCAUGUUGCCUCCACCGUCCAUUCCCUCAAACUCUCCGCCGUACGGCUGCCCGAAUCUGACCCUUCCGUUGUCCGAGACUUCUCCUACUCCAACAUCUCCCUCCUCCUCAACAUCCCCAACUCCUUGAUUCCGGCCAUUGCCUCCAACCGUUCCAAUGCUCUCCGGUGGCUCUACCACCACGUUAUACCCUUCUAUCCACGAAGCAAAGUGUCCACCAUAUCCGUCGGCAACGACAUUUUGGAUACCUCCUCCGACCUCGCCGAUUUUCUCCUCCCGGCGAUCAGGAACGUCCACUUAGGACUACGGGAUCUUGGGAUCCAGAAGAUAUCUGUUUCCACCACCUUUUCUUUCAUCAACAUCAUGACGACGUCGUUUCCUCCUUCGGCGGCGGAGUUUCAAGAACCGGUCUCCGAGUUACUGAUAAAACCACUGCUUCAGUUCUUGGACGACACCAACUCUUCGUUCUUGAUCAAUCUGUACCCGUACAAUGUGUACCGCUUGAACUCUGAGAUCCCCAUUGGGUUCGCUCUCUUCCAACAACACCCCUUUAAUUACCGUGACGAUCUCACCACCGGAGUCCGAUACCGGAACUUGUUCGAUAUGAUGGUGGAUUCGGUGAUUAGCGCAAUGGCGGUGGCAGGCCAUGAGAGUAUCCCAGUGAUAGUGACGGAGACCGGGUGGCCUAGCUCCGGCGACGCCUCGGAAAUCGAUGCCAGCCCGGCUUAUGCAGAGAUGUACAUUAAUGGUCUGGUGACCCAUCUGAGCUCGGGUCUUGGUACACCGCUGCGGAGAGAGGGGGUGGCGGAGACUUACAUAUAUGAGCUGUUUGAUAGAGAAACGAGGCAGGGCACUGAUUCAGGACGACAUUGGGGGAUUAUGUAUCCCAACAUGACAAGGAAGUACAAUAUCGCGUUCUCUGGUUCAGUUACAACUGGUUCUAGCAGAGGUUGGGUGCGGAUGGUGGGAGGGCUUUUCACCAUUGUUGCUCUAUGGCUGUUGCAGUAGAAUCAGCUCCAGUUUCUAUUCAUUUGCUUUACAUUUUCCAUGAAUGAGUUGGGUAGACUUGUAAAUGGUGGUUGUCUUGCUGUUGCAUGCAGUUGAAACGACAGCGUUCUUGGAUGUCCUUCACUUUUUUUUCUCUCUCCUUAUUGGAUUUCUUUCUUUCCUGAUGGCGGUGAUGUACGUGUUGAAGCUUUGAUAAAAUUGUUGUCAUAAUUCGUAGUGGGCGUGCAGCUGAAUUUUCUUUGGGGAGGGUGGGUCUCUGUUUGGUUGUUGAGAAAACAUUUACAAAAUAAAGCGGCGUUUUCAAGGGGAAAAACAGGAAAGGAAGGAACA